AUGGAUUAUGAAAACUUAUUGCAAAAAUAUCCAACUUCUUCUUAUUCAAAAACUCAAAGAUCAUCAAGUGUCAAUCAAUAUUCUUAAAAAUAAGAUAAUUUUCAAUAAAUCAAACCUUAAGCAUUACUAAAAAAAUUAGAAGAAAUCCUUUAAUUAAGAUAAUAACAGUUUAAUUAAGAGAAGUAAAAAAAGAAAAAGAUUAAUCAACAUAAGGGUAAUUAUACUGAGAGGAUAUCAGAAAAAAAGAAUGUUUAGAAAUUAUUAGAAAAUUAAAGAUGGAAGGGUGAUUUACAAAAUUUUGUAUUAAUUAAGACUAAUUUUUAAUUUAGGUUACUGAAAAAAAAGAAAGAAAAAGUGCAUAUCCUAAUCUUAUAUCUUUAUAACCAUCCAGUCAAAAUUUAUUUGACUUAUUUUCAUCAGAUAGUAGCAGAAAUCCUACUAUAACAGCUAGAAGUAAAAAAUGCGAAAGUUCUCCAAAAAAAGGAAGAGCAAAUGUACUAAAUUUUCUCAAUAUUAUAUGCAGUCCAUUAUGGAAGGAUUUAAUCUAAGUGAAAGAGAGAAAGGAACAUUGAUAAAAUUGAAUUAGUAAUUAUAAAUUUAGAAUAACCAUUUAAAUGAAUAACUUAGGUUUGAACAAAGUUAAAAUACUAAGUUAAGUUUAUAGAUAAUUAGUAUGAAUGAUUAAAUUACAUUAUUAACGAAGUAUUAUAUAUUUUUGUUUAGGGUAAUUAAAAGAGAGUUAGAAACAGAUAGAAUGCAAAGAUAAGGAAAACGAUGAAA